ACAAGCUCUCAUAUGUUUCAUCUCCCCUAAACCCUGACUAUGUCGAACAAAACCCUAUCAUCAGCAUUCAAAUCCAUCUCAAAACACCCAAUUAUCUCAAAUUCAAAUCAACAAAUCGCCAAUUCCAUCUCCAACACCCUCAAGUCUUCCCAAUCUUUCGAUCAAACCCAAUUUCCCCCAUCCAAAUUAAACCCUCAAAUCAUAACCCUAAUCCUCUCAAACCCACAAAUACCACCUCAAUCUUGCUUCAAUUUCUUCAAUUCCCUCAAACCUAACAACCUCAAUCUCAUCGAACCCUACAUUUCCUUCUCUUGUCGCCUUUACAAAGCUAAAGAUUACGCCUUUGCUAAACAAAUCUUGAAUCAGUUAGCUGUUAAUGAUAAUAUCAAACACCCAGUUCAAAAAAUUGCAUCUUUUCUUGAUAAUAAUUGUGAUGGGGUCAGAAAGAUUGUUGUAGGGAAGUUGAUUGAUACUCUGUUUCGUGUUUACGCCGAAAACGGGCGGUUUGAGGACAGCUUGGAGGUUUUUGAGUACAUGAAAAGUAAUGGGUUUAGUAAGAUUGAUGAUAGGUCUUGUAUGGUGUUCUUGCUUGCAGCGAAAAGAUGUGAGAAGUUUGGUUUAGUGUCGGGUUUUUUUCGAACGAUGGUUGAUUCGGGAGUUGGGAUAACGGUUUAUUCGAUGACUAUUGCGGUCUCGGCGAUGUGUAAGAUUGGCGAGAGUGUUAAGGCUAGAGAAUUGAUGGAUGAGAUGGUUGUGAAAGGGGUUAGACCGAAUGUGAAUACGUAUAAUGUAUUGAUUGAUGCGCAUUUGAAGAAAUCGGAGUUUAGGGAAGUGGAGGUGAUUCUUGAUUUGAUGAAGAGUGAGAGGGUUUUGUACAAUGUGGCGACUUAUACACUUUUGAUCGAGUUUUAUUCGAUAUUGGGCAACGUUGAGGAUGCAGAGAAGGUGUUUGAUGAAAUGCUUGAGAAGGGGAUAGUUGCGGAUGUUUAUGCAUACACUUCGAUGAUUAGUUGCAACUGUAAGGUGGGGAAUUUGAAACGGGCUUUCGAACUGUUUGAUGAAUUGACGGAGCGAGGACUUGUCCCGAACGUGCAUACUUACGGCGUGUUGUUGAAUGGUGUAUGCAAAGCAGGGGAGAUGAAAGCUGCUGAAGUUUUGUUGAGUGAAAUGAAAAGUAAAGGUCUUGAUGUGAAUGAUAUUAUAAUCAACACAUUAAUGGAUGGGUAUUGUAAGAAAGGAAACGUUGACGAUGCGAUAAAGCUGCAGAGUUUGAUGGAGACAAAAGGGUUUAAACCUAGCGUCGUUUCCUACAAUAUCAUUGCGGCUGGUUUGUGUAAAGCGAACCGGCUCGAGGAAGCGAAGACGUUGUUGUUUACUAUGGCGGAUAGAGGUGUGGCUCCAAACACGUUAACUUACACGACAUUGAUCGAUAUUUUUUGUAAACAAGGGGAGUUUGUCGAAGCUAGACGGACGUUUAAACAGAUGGAAAGCAAGGGGGAGAGACCGAAUGUCGUGACAUACAAUGCUUUUAUCGAUGGGUAUUGCAAAAAAGGGUUGAUGAAGGAAGCUCAUAGGAUAAGAAGUGAAAUGGAAGCGAAAGGAAUGAUGCCUGAUUUGUACACAUUCACUUGUUUAGUACAUGGAGAAUGUAUGGCUGGUAGAGUAGAUGAUGCGAAGAAGCUGUUCGAUGAAAUGCCUCAGAGAGGUUUCGUUCGAAAUGUGAUAAGUUAUACAGCUAUGAUUGCGGGUUUGUCGAAAGAGGGAAGAUCGGAAGAAGCUUUUAAGUUAUAUGACGAGAUGCAAAAGGCGGGUAUUUCGCCUGAUGACACCUUGUACUCUUCCCUUGUUGGAAGUCUUCAUAAUGUUAAGUGUUAAUUACCAAAAGAAACAUACAUGUGAUAAAUUCAUUCAAGUAUACUAAAUUAUUUUUUUUAUA